GUUACGCAAUGACGUAAGCGGAAACGUGCAGCGAUUCUUUCUAGAAUCCUGUAGCUCUCUCUUGCUAGCUCAUGCUCGCUGGAUUUAUUAAAGUUUCCAGUAUAAUAUCAGCAACAGCGGGAAUAUAAACACAGAGCGAUUUUAAAACAGUGCUUUUGCUUCUACAAGGUUUGUGGAUUAACGAUUCUGGUUAGCCACAUUUAGCACAGAAACUUAUUUUAGGUAAAUCACAGGCUAAUAUUGUUGGCGUUAGAAUCGUACUGGCACAAUGUCCAGAAUAGAUUACAGUGUUUGGGACCACAUUGAGGUGUCCGAUGAUGAAGACGAUACCCACCCAAAUAUCGACACCCCGAGCCUGUUCAGAUGGAGACACCAGGCACGUGUUGAGCGAAUGGAAGAAUUUCAAAAGAAGGGUGAAGAAUUAAAUAAAGGACUCAGCGAUUGUCGACGCAAGCUUGCAGAUGCACAGAAGAAAUUAAAGGAGCUGAGUUUGUCAACAACGGAUGAUGCAAAAGCGGAGCUCGGCAAAAUCCAGACUGAGGAGAAGAAACUUAAAAAGGAAGAGCGAGAUUGGGAGAAAAAAAUAGAUGAUUAUAAUCGAGAGGAGAAGAAGAUGCCCUGGAAUGUUGAUACACUCAGCAAAGACGGUUUCAGUAAGAGCAUCGUAAAUGUCAAACCUGAAAGGGAAGAAACUGAAGAGGAGAAGGAGCAAAAGCACAAAACCUUUGUUGAGAAAUAUGAAAAGCAGAUUAAGCAUUUUGGCAUGUUGCGACGUUGGGAUGACAGCCAAAAGUAUCUGUCUGAUAAUCCACAUCUAGUAUGUGAGGAAACCGCAAACUACUUAGUUAUUAUGUGCAUUGACCUUGAAGUUGAGGAGAAACAUGCCCUAAUGGAGCAGGUUGCCCAUCAGACCAUUGUUAUGCAGUUCAUUUUAGAAUUGGCCAAGAGUCUGAAGGUGGAUCCCCGUGGUUGCUUCCGACAGUUUUUUGCUAAAAUUAAGACUGCAGACCAGCAAUACCAAGAUGCUUUCAAUGAUGAGCUAGAGUCUUUUAAGGAGCGUGUUCGUGGUAGGGCAAAGAUCCGUAUUGAAAAGGCCAUGAAAGAGUAUGAAGAAGAGGAGAGACAAAAACGACUGGGACCAGGCGGAGUAGACCCGGUUGAAGUUUAUGAAUCUCUUCCCCCUGAAAUGCAGAAAUGCUUUGAUGAGAAGGAUAUCCAAAUGUUACAAGAUGUAAUAAGCAAAAUGGACCCAACAGAGGCGAAGAUUCACAUGAAAAGAUGCAUAGAUUCAGGACUGUGGGUCCCAAAUGCAAAAACAGAUGAAGGUGAGGAAAAGGAGGAGGAGGCCACAUAUGAGGAAGUAAAACAGGAACAAGAAGAAUCAAAGAAAGAGUGACCAACUGUGCUUAUGUGAAAUUGUAAUCCAAAUAUACUUGCUGUCACUGUAUUGCAUCUCUACCAUAUGUAUGCAUAGUUUGCCCAACAAUUAAAUAAUGUAGUUAGAUCAAGCCUAUUUACUGCACAGCUCUUUUUUAUAGUUCAUAUUUUUGUUUUGAAAUUAAUCUGCCAGAAAUGUUUUGGUCUAUUUUUGUCCUUGGUUAUUUACUUGUGUUACUUUUGUUUGGUGCAUAUCUGCCAGCAUUUUUCUGCUGUUGUAGCCAACUAUGUAACAUUAUAUUCACACACAAAAUGAAAUUAACUUCAUUCCUUUUUGAUGAACUGUAUGAUAGGGUUGUUUUCAAGUACUAUCAACUCCCUCAACAAAAGAUGAUCUCUCCACUCUUGUGUAUUUCUUACAACAUUUCAAUGUCAGUCUGUAAGAACAGCUAAUGCAUGGGUUAUUUUUAAGCACUUGAGCAAUGUUAUAUGUGCUUUUAAAGAGGAGAAUGUUAGUUUUACUUAACGCAAUGGUGUAUGACUGGUAUUUUUGCACUGCAGAGAGAGUUGUUUGCAGCUAUAAAAUGUCAAAUUAAAAGCUGUAAAGCCAAUAUGACU